UAUCAUGUACGAGUUUUAUUACAAGUACCUAAAACCGAGAUAUGGAGAUGGAAUAAAGUUACUCAUGACGGACACGGACAGUCUUUUGUAUCACGUUCAGACGUCUACGACGACAUGUAUCGGGACAGACACCUUGUUAGUAUUCGGGUGGAUGUCCUGUAUAUUCCACGUAAUGGGGAGUAGCUAUAGGAUACCAGUAAUGCCACCACCAGAAAUGCCACCGGUGGAUAGUGUACCGGAAACCAGUACAUCACCAGUGACUAGUACAGCGGGAACCAGUGCGCCACCAGUGACUACUACAGCGGGAACCAGUGCACCACCAGUGACUAGUACAGCGGAAACCAGUACGACACCGGUUGAGAGUGCACCAGUAAUGCUUCCAACAGAAAUGCCAACGGUGGAAAGUGUACCGGAAACCAGUACAUCACCAGUGACUAGUACAGCGGAAACCAGUGCACCACCAGUGACUAGUACAGCGGAAACCAGUACGACACCGGUUGAGAAUGCACCAGUAAUGCCACCAACAAAAAUGCCAACGGUGGAAAGUGUACCGGAAACCAGUGCACCACCAGUGACUAGUGCAGCGGGAACCAGUGCGCCACCAGUGACUACUACAGCGGAAACCAGUGCACCACCAGUGACUAGUGCACCGGAAACCAGUGCACCACUAGUGACUACUACAGCGGAAACCACUGCACCACCAGUGACUAGGACAGCGGAAAUCAGUACGACACGGGUUGAGAGUGCACCAGUAAUUCCACCAACAGAAAUGCCAACGGUUAAUAGUGCCCUGGAAACCAAUGCGCCACCAGUGAUUAGUACAGCGGAAACCAUUACGACACCGGUUGAGAGUGCACCAGUACUGCCACCAACAGAAAUGCCAACGGUGGAAAGUGUACCGGAAACCAGUAAAUCACAAGUGACUAGUACAGUGGAAACCAGUGCGCCACCGUUGAAUAAUGAACCAAUAAUGCCAUCGGUGGAUAGUGUACCGGAAACUAGUGUACCACCAGUGACUAGUAUAGCUGAAACCAGUGCACCACCGGUGGCUAGCGUACCAGUUACGCCGACACUAGAAAUGCCACCGGUAGAUAGUGUACCGGAAACAAGUGCACCACCAGUGACUAGUACAGCGGAAACCAGUGCGCCACCGGUGGCUAGUGUACCAGUAAUACCACCUACAGAAAUGCCACCGGUGGAUAGUGUCCCGGAAACCAGUGCACCACCAGUGACUAGUACAGCGGAAUCAAGUGCACCACCAGUGACUAGUGCACCGGAAGCCAGUACACCACCAGUGACUAGUGCACCGGAAACCAGUGCGCCACCAGUGACUAGUGCACCGGAAGGCAGUACACCACCAGUGACUAGUGCACCGGAAACCAGUGCGCCGCCGGUGACUAGUGUAUGGUACAAUGGUGUCGAGUUUAGAGCAGGUGUCAGAGUAAUUUCGCCGGUUAUUGAAACACUAGAUUUCGCUGGUAUGUCCAUGUGUCUCCGAAGGUGUGAGAGGUACGGGAUACACUGUGACCGGGUUACCUUUAACACUGACACGCUGCAGUGUAGCCUCGGUCUUAGUUCCUCCUCCCUCAGGUCAGCCUCGAGCAACUUUAUCACAAGUAUAUCAACCGUGACGUCACUCGCUCACUAUUGCGGGGCAUUUAGUAACACUCAAAACCAGACACCGGCACUGAGGGACCCGUGUUCCCCGAACUUCUGCUCUGGUGGAGACCGGUGUGUCGUCACUAGAAGGAAGGAAGGUAUCUGUGUACGACCAGAUCCUGUUGUUUGAUCUAACUACAUUUGACGACAUCAGACUGAUCGAUCCUGAAGUUCUCGUCGAUUCUGACCCGAUGUCAGGGAGUGGUGUGCAGUAAGACUUCUACAGAGUUUUCUAUGUCAAAUGAUAUAUUCAACUAGUGAUGAAAACUAAGUGAUGGGGUGCAUGCUCUAUGUGAAGACAAUUAUGUAACAUAACGAUGCGAAAGUGACCGCUAUUAGAAAUGUAGACGGCCUCAGAUGGCAGUUUUUGUGAAAUUAAGUUGCGGGUUACCGUCUCGGCACCUAUCUUGAAUGAUGCUUCGUGGGUAAAAACAAUAGACAGAUGUAUGUGUUAAUAUGGUGACAACGACUUCUUAUUUAUUGCUAUGGUGUAAAAUUGGAA